GUGAAUUGAGAGAUUCAAUGUCAUCUGUUCCUUGUUAUCAUCGGCUUGAGGAUGUUUACGAUAAUGUUGGUGAAAUCCAAUCUCGUUUUACGGAAUUGAACAACUUAUUCGAGGAGAAGUAUCAUUGUAAACCUGACUUCUACGUUCGUGCUCCUGGUCGUGUGAAUCUGAUUGGAGAGCAUAUUGACUACCACGGUUAUUCCGUAUUCCCCAUGGCUAUCGUGAACGACAUGAUCAUUGCUGUAUCUUCAGAAGAGAACACUUCUGGAGCGACCGAAUUCUCUGUUCACAACGUGAAUCCGAAGUUCGCAUCGAGCACUCUCCCCGUCGAUCCCAAAGCUCCCAUGAGCCCCGAGCACAACUGGUCUCUCUACUUCCAAUGCGGCUACAAGGGUGCCUUCGACCACUUCGACACCGCCCACAAUCCUCCUCGCCUCCUCAAGAUCGCCAUGAGCGGCACCGUUCCUCCCGCCGCCGGCGUUUCCUCCUCCUCCGCCUUCGUCGUCGCCUCCUGCAUGGCCACCGCGCUCGCCAACGGCAUGGCCUUCGAUAAGAGUUCCCUCGCCGAGGCCUGCCGCGUUGCCGAGUUCUACAUCGGAACCAUGGGCGGCGGCAUGGAUCAGGCCAUCUCCGUGCACGGAAUCCGCGGUUAUGCCUCGCAUAUUGAGUUCAAUCCGCUCAAAGCCACUCCCGUGCAGCUCCCCGCGGGAGGCGUCUUCGUCAUCUCCAACUCCUUCUACCAGGCGCCGAAGGCGGUUACCGCGGCUACAGGGUACAAUCUGCGCGUCGUGGAGGGCCGUUUGGCGGCAAAACUGAUCGCGAAGGCGUUCGGAUUACCGCGGUUCUUGGAGUACGUGACGCUGCGCGAGCUGCAGCACGACCUCGGCGACAAAACGCUCGAGGAAAUGCAGGCGAUCGUCAAGGAAACGCUCCACGAAACGCCCUACACAACCGCGGAAAUCGAGGCGGAGCUCGGGGAACUGACGCAACCGCGGUUAUUCGCGGACCGUCCGGCGGCGGCGAAGGUGCUGGAGGUGAACUCGUCGUUCAAGUGCCAGCAGCGCGCGCUGCACGUGCUUUCGGAGGCUGAUCGGGUUUUGAAGUUCCGCGCGGUGUGCGAAGACGAAUUGCCGCGCAAACUGGAGCGGCUCGGGGAGCUGAUGAACGAGUCGCAUGCGAGCUGCGAUGGAUUGUAUGAGUGCUCGUGCGAGCAGCUGAAUGAGCUGGUGGAGAUCGCGAGGUCGAUGUGGAUGAUGGGGAUGAUGCGUAGACGCCAUGGAGCGAUCGGGUCGAGACUGACGGGCGCGGGAUGGGGAGGCUGCGCGGUGCAUUUGGUCAAGGAGGAGGCGCUGGAGGAGUUCAUGAAGGCGUUGAGGGAGGAGUACUAUGUGAAGCAUGGGUUCGACGAGGAACAAAUCAAGCAGGGACUUUUCGCAUCGAAGCCUGGAGCCGGAGCGUGCUACUUUGAGGGGAUUGAGUUUUAA